GGCACAGCAUAGCGGGAGGAGAGAGAGAGAGAGAGACCAGGACAGAAAGAGCAGAAGAGGCAGAAGAGACGUGGCACAUUGCGAGGUUCAGGCGAAGGGAGGCAAGACAUGCGGACCGCAGAGAAAUCACCACCACCACACUGCGCGCUGACAGAGGAGUAGAAAAACAAGUGGCACGUCACAUCUAGAAGAUCACUGUGCAGACCGACUGUCGAACACCAACCUAUUCUCCGCGUGCAUUCCGUUAGCAGGUCUAUCUGGACAGAGCGGCUCUGUCUGGCUGUGUGAAGCCAUGCCACCGGGCCAUUACCGAAUCGGUGCCCUAUCAGCGCUACUCUGUCUCUGUGUGAUUUGGACCGGGUUCGCGGCGGAAACACAAGGUGAAGUUGACUCCACACCUCCACCCUCCUCCCCCUCUCAAGCCGUAGGGGACAAAGACACAGACUCAUCCCGAGGGAGAAGUUCCGUGGUUGGGCUAGUGCCCGGGGCCGGGAUGGGUGCCCCUGGUGAUCUGCUCGAGUCAUUCCUGGCCCAGAAGGAUCGUCUCCUCUACCAGACAGGGGGGGUGGUCCUGCCCUCUGCUCAGCCCCAGGACCUGCUGCCUCUCCUGGGCAGAGGACUGAGCGUGAGGGGCCUGUCUGGAGGUCUCUCUCUGGAUCAGCAGGGUCUGUUGAAGAGGAUAGGAUCCCUAAUCUCACAGCCCCACGACAGUGGACCCCUCCUCCCGUCACAGCGCUCCCAAUCCGACAACAACCCCAUCCCCUCCUCCCAGCCCGGGACACACACAUCCACACACACACCGCUGGGACAGCGAGAUGAGGUCACUGCUAUCGUCAUGGCGACCAUGGCUGCAGACACACCUUCACCAGCUGUGUCUGGCUGUAUGGUGAAUUUCUCUGACCCAGAGGGAUACAUAGACUCUUCUGACGACCCCCCACUACCAGAUGGAACAUUUCUACACUGUACAUACACUAUCACUGUGUACACAGGCUAUGGAGUCGAGCUACAGGUGAAGAGUGUGAAUCUGUCAGAGGGAGAGCAGCUGUCAAUCAGAGGGGUGGAUGAGGGUGGGGCCUUGCUGGUUCUGGCCAAUCACACGCUUCUGGUGGAGGGUCAGGUGAUCCGCAGUCCGACCAAUACCAUCUCAGUAUACUACCGCUCCUUGCCUGAGGGGGCCAUGGGCAUUUUCCAGCUGCACUACCAGAUAUUCCGUCUGAGCUGUGCCCUGCCGAGAAGGCCUCAUUUUGGGGAGGUGUCAGUGCUGGAUCUGCUGCCAGGGGGCACUGCCCGCUUCCACUGCCACAUGGGCUACCACCUGCAGGGGGCAGUGGCGCUCACCUGCCUCAAUGCAUCUCUGCCUGUCUGGAGUGGCAAGGAGCCUAGCUGUAGAGCACUAUGUGGGGGCUCAGUGAAGAAUGCUACAGUAGGGAGGGUCCUGUCUCCCUCUCCCCGCCUGGGGCCCGACGCCACCCAGGACCGUUCCUGCUCCUGGUCCAUGGAGGCCCCCACAGCACAGAGACUACACCUGCACCUGGAGAGACUGGCCCUUGGACCCACCGAAAGACUUGUGUUAUGGAGCGGUCUGGACGCUGGGUCUGUGGUGCUGUUUGACUCGGGGCGGGGUGGUCCAAUACCGUUUGAAGGGGUGAUCAGUGAGGGUCCAGCAGUCAGGGUACAGUUCAUCACUGACCAACCUAACCACAAUACAGGCUUCAACAUCCGCUAUGAGGCGUUUAAGCGUGGUCAUUGUUAUGAGCCCUACCUGCAGAAUGGGAACUUCAGCACCACUGACCAGGCCUACGGUGUUGGCGCUGUGGUGCAGUUCAGCUGUGAUACUGGUCACUCUCUGGAGCAGGGGCCACCCGUCAUAGAGUGUAUCAACGCCAGAGACCCCUACUGGAACGACACGGAACCACUCUGCAAAGCCCUGUGUGGGGGGGACCUAGCAGGUCCUGGGGGUGUGAUCCUGUCUCCCAACUGGCCCGAGUGGUACGGAGAGGGAGAGGACUGCAGCUGGAGGAUACACGUAGGGGAGGACAAAUGCGUGCUGCUCGACGUACAGCUUCUGAACCUGAGUGACAGUGACAUGUUGACCAUACUGGACGGUGAUGAAGUCACCACCCAUAUCCUGGGCCAGUACGUGGGCGGAGCCGGGCCCUUCAAGAUACAGUCCACGACCCCUGACCUUACCGUGACCUUCCACUCCGACCCCGCCGGCCUCGUCUUCGGCAAGGGAGAGGGCUUCAUCAUAAACUACAUGGAGGUGUCCCGUAACGACUCGUGUCCGGACCUGCCGGAGAUCCAGAAUGGCUGGAAGACCACAUCCCAUACUGCCCUGGUGCGGGGUGCUCGCAUCACCUACCAGUGUGACCCAGGCUACGACCUGGUUGGACGAGAGACUCUGACCUGUCAGCUAGACCUCACCUGGAGCACACAGCCCCCCUUCUGCGAGAAGAUAAUGUAUUGUUCAGACCCGGGUCAUGUGGAACACUCUACCAGGUCACUGUCAGACCCUAAACUCCUGGUGGGGACCACCAUCCAGUACAUCUGCUACCCCGGCUUCAUCCUGCAGGGCGGUGCCACACUCACCUGCUACGGACGAGAGCCUGGCACCCCUGUCUGGACGUCUAAACUACCCCACUGUGUCUCGGAGGAAUCUGUUUCCUGUGAGAACCCUGGUCUCCCUGAUAACGGAUACCAGAUCCUGUCCAAGCGCCUCUACCUGCCCAGCGAGUCGCUCACCUUCAUCUGUUACCAAGGCUUCGAGCUCAUAGGCGAGGUCGCCAUUAAGUGUAUCCUGGGGAACCCGUCAUUUUGGAGCGGACCACUGCCACUGUGCAGGGCCAACCAUGACUGCUUUGGCAACCACGCUUUGGAAGUUGUUGAGGCAGCAGCCGGGUCAGGUCUGGAUGGUGGCAACAUGGCAUUGGCCAUCUUCAUCCUUGUACUUCUGCUCUCCGUGCUGCUGGGAGGAGCCUACGUCUACAUCACAAGGUGCCGCUACCACUCCAACCUGCGGCUGCCGCUCAUCUACCCACACCCCUACAGUCAGAUCACCGUGGAGAGCGAGUUUGACAACCCGCUCUACGAGACAGGAGGGGACAACCGCGAAUAUGAGGUAUCAAUAUGAGGACCAUCUCCACUGUUGGAAUCCCAAAAUGAAGCAUCCACCCCACCAACCCAUCCCCCUACCCUUCCUCCUCCUCCUUAGACCCGACCCAGGUGGAAGUUAUGUAAAUACAGACUGACUAUAGUCUUGCCCCUACCCCCCAUGAUCCCAUGACCCUCAUGACCCUGUCCUCCAAUCACAAAGAGAGGAAUGAGGGAGAGGGAAGUUGAGUCGGAGAGGCAAUGGGGGAGAAGACAAAGGGGAGGACAGGAGAUACUGUGAAAGGGGGCUGCAGGAUUCGGGGGAUAAAGAGACUGAAGCACUUGUGACAAGUUGUGUCUAUUUACUCAUGUGUCUACCAUUAGAGAACAAAUACAGAGACAGGGAGGGAGGGAAUAUGUGAAGGAGAGAGAGGGGGAGAGGUGAGGGAGAGAAGGGGAGCGAGAAAGAGGAGUGAAAGAUAGAAGGAAGUGACCUCACAGGAAGUGAGGUCAUCAUCUCUUCCUGGUUGUACCCCAUCUUCCUGCCUGCAGUCAUUUCUAAGGCCUUGUUUUAGACCUGUUUAUAGUACUGGUUUUACCGUAGUAACUGACCCGUACAAGCUCAACCAACCAUAACAACACCAGAAGAGAAUACCACAAGAUGAUGUAUUUAUUUUGAUGUAAAUGUGAUGUUUUAUGCGGAUUAAUGAAUGUACAUUUUCAUUUUGAGAAUAAAAAAAGAAAAGAUGUACCAUGCUACUGACUUCCCUAAAUAAAUGGUAAAAAUAAAAAGUAUGAAAGAAUCUUUCUAUUAAAAUAAAACACACGCACUUGUCUUUGUUGUCAGUUAUUUAUUUGAGAGUCCCUCCCUUUGUCACAGGGCAGAACAGGGAACAUGAAGAAGAUGACAAUCUCUCCUCUGACACUGUGCAGUGUUGUCCUGCUAAUGCAACAGUAUAUCCACACACACGCGUACGCACACACAGGCUAUGUCUCGAUUCUCCAUCACAGCUCCUAGUCUCCUUUCCUUCAAGAACACAGUCUGAAAGUACCUCUCUCUGUACAUUUCACCAAGGUUAGUCUCACUGAAACUAAAACGUCUCUUUUGCAAGAAAGACCUCGUCAAAAAAGCAGCGCACACGGGUGGCCUACUACUUGUGACCAAGGGACCAUGACCAAGCACCACCAUCUCCAUCGGUGAUGCGUGUGUCAGCACGGAUGGGAUUAACAGGGGUCCUGAUCUUGGGUGGACUCUAUACCCUGACCCAGUUCCGCCGUUUCUGUCUGCCCUGCCGGCGGUCGUUCCAGGGUGGUGGUAGACCUGUGACGGUGCCGGUCCAGGGCAGGUGGAGGGUCAGUGCUGAUGCUCCUCUGGUGUUUGUGGGAGGGGUGCCUCACUCCGGGAAGCCACCGUGAUGAGAGCCGUGCUGGAUGCCCACCCUGCUGUGUGGUGUGGGGAGGAGACAAGGGUUGUGACCAGACUGCUGGGUCUGAGGUUGGGCUAAUGAGGAGGAGGGGGUCAGCACCGUGGUCCUGGACCGAGUGGUCACUGCCUUCCUUCUUGAUAUCAUAGUUUCACCUGUUAUCACCUGAUAUCACCUGUACUCUGCAAUAAAGACCCUUUGACUCUGAA